AUCUCACACAACACUAUAUAAAGAUUAAUAUCUUGAAUUAAAACUUAAUCUUCGAUACGCACUGUUAAGUAGAUGAGAAGAUUAAUUAUAGUGUUGGAGUUGUAAUAAAUUUCAUAAUUAUGAAGAUAGGAUUUAAAUUGAUGAUGCUGGUAUUUUCCUUGUUCAUUCUAUUGCUGGUAAUUCAUGAUGGUUCAACUGCUCCUGCACCCGAUCCUCAUUGGAAAAGAUAUGGUGGUGGUGGAGGGGUGUCGAAAAUUAUAAUAAUAAAAAAAGUGGGAUAUUCAGGAGGAUAUGGUCAUCAAAGUUAUGGAGGUGGCCAUAGUUUAGGGUAUGGGGGAGGUUACGGAGGAGGAUAUGGAGGAGGAUACGGAGGUGGUGGUGGCGGCGGCGGAGGUGGUGGUGGAGGUGGCGGAGGAGGUGGCGGAUAUGGAGGAGGCUUCGGAUUUGGUUUUGGAGGAGGAGGAGGAUACGGAAAAUAA